UAAGCCGCCAUAUUCCCUUGUACCUAUGUAUAGUUUAGUUUUUUUAUAUUUCUAAUAUCAAUUUUCUCUUUACAGUUUGUUACUUUAACACUGUAGAUGCGUAAUUAUUUAUGUUUUGUGUUAUGUGUUCAGAAUAAAAAGAACGUGUGUGACAUUUGUUACGGAUACUAGAAAAAAAUUACAUGUACCAACGAGCGAAAUAUUCCUCUUUGGUACGUUCGUUCGUAUUUACACCGUAUAAGAUUUCGGCAGCAGAAACAGUAACGACGAUCACCUAAUAUUAUUGCACCCUUGCACCGUAUCUAAUAAAAGUGUCUAUAAUAUUUCAUACGUCUUUUUGCUGCCAGUAAAUAUUGUGUUCUCCAACAACACAUAUAGUGUAUGGAAUGUGAGCAAACAGAGCAUGGAUAUAAGGGCGUUGAGGAAUGGCAGGCAAGCGCGGCGCGGCGGAGUGGCGUCAAGCGCAAGCUCGGAGGUGGUGAUGUGGGCCACUUGCGGCUGGACGUCGCCGCUACAGUGCGUGGCGCGGUUGCUGCGCUCCCAGGCUGCCACCGUCUACUCGCUGUUCACCACCCACCCAGUGCUUUCAUCCCGCUCUGUGCGCCUCCCGAUCCCUUUAUGAAUAACAUGGAUGAAAUAAAUUAUUGGGUGCACACGAAAAGGGCACCUUGCCUUAUGAAUUAUGACAAUCUCAUUAAAAAACAGAGUGAAACAAUUCAGGACUUGAAAACUUUGAACAGUGAAAGGAGUAUUGCUGAAGAAGUGCCUUCCCCCAAGAAGAAGCGGCGAAAGCUGUCUCUAUUAGAAGAAGAUUGUACUUCUGUGGACAAGCAGCAGAAUUUAUAUUUUGAACCUUCUCAAAAUAAACAACGCACUGUGCUGAGCAGUUGCAAAUCUGAGACUCUUGAGUCUGAUAUUGAUUUUAACAUUAAAAACUCUUCAAUCCAGAAUAAACCUAAAAGGUUAAAAGCAAAUAAAAGUGGUCGAACAUUACACAAGAAAAAUAAAGUAGUCACAUCAACUCCUUUAAGACGGAGCCUGAGAAGGGCACAGCAUAGCAGUAGCAAAAACGAUCAAUUAAAUGUUUCUUACGAUUUCACCACUUUGAAUGAUAGCAAUGUGCACACACAUACAAACAGUAAUCAGAAAACAGUGCAAAAAUCAAAAAAGUCUACAACUAGAAUACAUGAUCUAAAUGGGAGUAUUAAUGUUAAAAAUAAUGUAGAUUUAGCCAACAAAUCAAAAAUCAAUACCCCACAAAAUGGUCAGUUUGAAGAUUUAAGUGAUGUAUCUGGUUUCACUGCUAACUACAUUAGAUCCACCAAAUUGCACUCCAAUAUAAAAUCUAAUAGAAACUUGAGGAGUAAAAGCAGCAGGAAUCUUGUGAAGGAGUCUCGACAAGACUUGCAGAAAAAUGACACUAAAAUGUUGGUUUGUGUAAAUAAGUCAGUGAAUGCCACAGCUGAGCUUCCUAACAAUUCUGUCCUUAAUUGUAGCACAGACUCCUCACAAAAUGUUAUUAAUUUGAUAACAACAAAAUCGAAUGACAAGUGUGUGAAAGUGAAUAAAAGUACAUCUUUACUUAAAUUUGUAGAUUUAAAAUGUACCAAAACCAAGGAGAGUGAUAGUAAUGUAAAUUUGGACAGCACUAAACAGACUAGCAAAACUGACCCAGAUAUUUCCUUUCCAUCACGGAGUACGAGUAACUCGAGAUAUCCAAAGCGACACAAGAACCACUCCACAGAGAAGGACAUCAUGAUCAGUCCUUGUAAGGUGUUAAGCAAACCUAAUGUGAACAAGAGAAGAAAGACAAAUAUCACUAUUGAGUUCAACAAUUCUGAUCGAAAAGAGAAUCCAAAGGACUCUUUUCUUUCCAAAACAAGAAGUGGUAGAAACGUAGCCCUCACGCCGCGACAAGCAGACAAUGCCGUUAUGGUUUACAGUAACUCCACAGAACAGGUGAGCUCUCUGAACACUGUUAAUGUGGCCAGCUUGCGGGGCGACAAGAGUAGGCAGAAGAAUACGCGUUUGUCACAUAACUAUAGGUCCUUUGCAAAGAAGACUAUGGAUCAAAGUGGGAUGUCUUUACAGAGGGAAAGAUCCAUAAGGGAAAAAAGUGGGUUUGCUGCAUGUUUCUCAGAUAGUGAUGAAGGUAGUGAAGCACUCAAACAAAGGAAAUUCUUCUGUUAAUUUAUUAGUAGACUAGGAAAAUUAAGAAAAUCAGAUCAAACAGUUCGCGUAGUUUUAGGAAAAAAGAUAUUCCCAAGGUUUUCAAUUUCAAUAUUUUAAAAAAAACUGUCUAAAGGCAUUCAGUUUUUGGGGGAGGGGCCCCACUACUGGCUCACCCCUACACCCGAGGACUUUUAGAAUGUUUAUCACUACACUUCAAUGAAUAA